AAACAACAACAAACACCACCAAAUUGGCAAAUUUAGUGGCUGCCAUUUCAUCUGCUUUCAUUUGAUUCCGGAUUUCUCCUUUCUGGGUUUGGAAAUCAGACCUCUCAAAGCUCUGAACUUUACAAUCCCAAAUCCAAAUUCGCUGCAUUCGGAUUUUAGUUUUCAGAGUGAGUAGAUUAUAGUUAACUCGUAGCUCAGAAGGCAAGAGCGGAUUCGAUCGCUUUCAAGGUAUUCUUUGGUGAAUUUGUCUGCCUUCCUGUUUCCCGUUUCCCCCAUUUUUUGUGUUCUUGAAAGGAGCCUGCGGGUGGAGACUGUUCUGAAGUUUCUGUUUGUUGGGAUCAUGGUGAAAUGUUAGGUGAAUUGCCUGAUGAUCGUUUGCAGUGGGUGAUGAGAAGUAACGUUUUUUUUUGCAGAAAUUGUGGGGUUAAAUGAUUGGGGAGAUGUGAAGUAAACUACUGUUUCUGGGACUGGGACCAUACCGCAGGAUUAGAAUAUCGGUUCUGUAGGAGAGGAAGCGUGGUUGUAGUUUUCCCUUUAGCUGCUCAGGGUUUGAAUUGACCAUGAAGAGGAGCAGUUUUAAGGGAGUUGCAAUGGAGCAAUAUGGGAGUCUUGGUGGGGAGAAACCCAAGGUAAUGGACUUGAGCUUCCAUGGCGUGACAGUAGGGAAUGAUUCGUCGAUGAAACCUCGCGGAUAAUGGAGAUACGCUCCAAUUCAAGGGAGUUAUGGAGAGACAGCCAAACAGCCAUCGAUGACAUCAUCUCGCAGCAGAGUGAUGGAGAAACCACACAGGGGGGAACAAUGUAGAAACAAUAGAAUGAAGAGUUAUUGACAUCAUCAUCAUCAUCUCCCAGCAGAGUGAUGGAGAAACACCUCAGCUUUAAGGGGAGCACUGGAAAAGCAGAAGAGCUUUCGUGGAUUUAUUGAGAGGCAGAAGAGCUUUGGCGCGGUCAUAGAGAGGCAGCUCAGCUUUAUUGGAGUUAGUGAGAAGAGGAAAAGCAAAGAGUCUCUCAGGAAGCGAGGUGAUUGGUUGCUUCAUUUGGCUGCUCGUGCCAGAAAUGUGAGCAACGUGAGAUAGAUUCUGAAGAGGUAUGAGAGAAAUAAAGCAAAGGGUUUGCCUUUGCUUCAGAAUCAAGAUGGAGAGACAUCUCUUCAUUCAGCGUCAGAACACGGGGCUGCUGAUGUGAUUGUUGAAAUGCUGGGAUAUAUGGACCUGCACGCGGCUUCUAUUGCAGCUAGGAAUGGUUUUGAUCCUUUCCAUCUUGCUGCAAAGCAGGGUCAUUUGGGUAAGAUAUCCAAGUUCUGGUUUUCAGACGGACAAGAAGGGGCAGACCACAAUCUAUAUGGCCGUGAAAGGGCAGAAUGUAGACAUUGUGCUGGCAUUGCUGACACCUGAUCCUUCUGUUAAAAGUUAGAAGAUAAUAAAUGAAACACAGCAUUGCAUAUUGCCACAGCUAAGUACCGCACUCAGGCAAAUUUUUUAGUUGUUUAACUGGGAUACCGAUGUUGUAAUGCCAGAGCCAAAGGUAACAUAGUCUAGUGUGAAACCACUGGACCAAUUGAGCUCUGGAUGUGGGAGGUCCUGAGUUCAAUUCCCAGUGGCGCCACUUGAGCGUUCCCGGCGGCACUUUUGGUAUCGGAGGCGAAGCCUCCCCGAUGUUGGUAGCAGAAAGCCCCGGUUAGUAUGCAGGUACCCCCAGUGGUUUAGUAGGCCCCGCUAUCGCUCAAGCGACACGUGAGGCUGAGGUUCCUCAUAAUGUAACUAGUCAACGCUUCUUAGAUAGGCUAAGAUGGACAAAAUUUUAAUCCUUGAGUGGAUGUAUGGAAAUACUCUUAAGGUUCUCAAGGUAAAGCCCAAAUGUUGAGAUCAAUAAUGCAGAAACUCUGCUGGAUUACAAAAUCAAUCUAAGGACAGAUUAUUUGUUUUUCAUUCAUCAGAUUCCCUUUUAGUUCUUGAGAGAGUUUUGUGUAGAUCUGUUGGUAUAUUAAUAGGUACAAAUUUGCUCUAUGUUUGUUUUCUUUUUCACUUGGAUCACGAAUAAUGAUACUCGUCUGAAUAUUUUUUGUAACUGUGAAUUGCCACCAACAAAAGAGGUUUGCUGUGUUAAGCUUUUUGACUUUGUAUAAUGAGUUCUCAAUUACAUCAAAGUUGGUGAAAUUAUGACAGUUAAUCCUAUAAAGCUCCUAGCUUUGCAAAAGAUGAACCCAAGCAGGGGCGAAAAAGGAGUGUAAAGUGGUCAGAACUUGAACCUGAUUUCCAGUAUAUGCAAAACUAAGGAAGUAAAAAGUUUCUACCUAACACAAUUGUUAGCUUCUAUAAGAGGUUAAAAGGCUUAAUUAUCCCUUUCCCAACAACUCGAGUUAUUGGGGCCAAGUGGUUAGUUCGCUAACAUGGUAUCAGAGCUGCCGGUUCUUCCUUCCGCUGCUGCCGGCAGUAACCUCGUUCUGUCAUGAGCACAGACGAAGAUUCACCCGAUUCUUCUUCUUCCUCUUCUACUAUCCAAUCUACCAACUCCAAAAUAGAGAGUAUGGCCACAUCAAACAAUGAUUCAGGCACAGAAUCAAGCUCUGGAGGAAUCACCAUCAGAAAAUUCAAUGGGAAGAAUUACCUCCAGUGGUCUCAAUCUGUCCGGAUGUUCAUCACUGGGAAGCAAAAGGGGGAAUAUCUUACUGGUACUGCAACUAGACCAGCGGAAUCCGAUGCUGCUGCUUACACCAAGUGGAACAACGACGACAACCAAGUCCGGUUCUGGCUUAUUUCCACAAUGGAACCAGACAUCGGAGACAAUUACCUACUGCAUCAAUCUGCCAAAGAGCUAUGGGCUGAUGUAGAGGAGACAUAUUCCACACAAGACAACUCUUCUGCCUUGUUCGAAGUAGAGUUAAAACUCUUCAACUUCAAACAAGGGACGAUGAGUGCUACAGAAUACUACAACCGAUUAGUCCGAAGCUGGCUUCAACUUGAUUUGUAUGAAGCUCAGAAAUGGGAAACGACGGCUGAUGCAAAAACGUUUCGGAUGUUUGUGGAAAAGAAGCGAACAAUUCAGUUCCUCCUUGGCCUCAACCAAAAUCUGGAUGCAGCUAAAAGCAGGAUCAUGGGAACAAAGCCUUUCCCGAGUUUGAAGGAAGCGUUUGCUGAAGUGUUGAGGGAGGAAGGUCGUCGCCAUCUUAUGCUUGCAGAGUCAAAGUCCACCUCAGAUAACUUGAGCUCUGCCCUAACAACAGAAACAGCCACAGCACUUGUUUCUCAGAAUAACCGGGGAAAGGGAAAACCGAGAACCAACUCGGAUGCUGCAGCAAAAUGGUGCGAUUUUUGCAAGCAACAAUUUCAUACAAAAGAUGAAUGUUGGGAAAUUAUCGGCGGACCACCAGGCUGGAAAUCUAAGAUGGGUCGUCAGAAAGGACGUGCUAAUACAGCAACCAGCAAGGGUACAGAGGAAGAAGGUCAAUUUUCGAAAGGACAGUUGGAAGCUCUUCAGAAGAUGUUCACUCAGGUACUUCAGGCUGAAUCAAAACCGAAAGGCUACAUAACCCAGUUGUUCGAAAAAUCAGGUAUUCCUCAAGCUCACACUUCACAGCGGAAUUCUAAGAAUGUAUGGAUUCUAGACUCAGGUGCCACAGAUAAUAUGACGGGUUGUAAGGACCUAAUACAGAACUUACAGCCCUAUCCUAGGAAAACUGGGGUUCGUAUUGCUGAUGGGACCAUUGCUCCUGUUGAAGGGUUUGGUAUAGUUCGGGUGACUAAGGACUUCACUCUCUGUCCUGUACUCUAUGUACCAAAACUUGACUGCAACCUCCUAUCUGUUCCACGAGUUACUCAUGACCUCCACUGUGAAGCUAAGUUUACCCCCAAUGGUUGUGUGUUGCAGGAAGUGGGGACGAAGAGGACGAUUGGCAGUGGUGAACUUUAUGAUGGGCUGUAUCUUUUGCGGGGCACGACGGAUGUGGAGCAUCACUAUGGAGACAGUAGUAGUGCACAUGUUGUCUCUAGCAUAGAGAACAAUAAGAAUCCAGUUUAUUUGUGGCAUUGUAGGCUUGGUCAUCCUAGUUUUCCUUAUCUUGAGAAGUUGUUUCCAACACUGUUUCAGAAUAAAAGUUCCAAGGAUUUUGAAUGUGAAGUGUGUCAACUUGCUAAACAUACUCGAUCUGUGUAUUCGGGAAUUGGCUAUCGACCUACCACACCGUUCAGUGUUGUUCAUAGUGACAUAUGGGGACCUAUGAAAAUCAGAAACAUCAAUGGUGCCAAGUGGUUCAUCACCUUCAUUGAUGAUCACACUCGGUUAACUUGGACGUUUUUGAUGAAAGAGAAGUCUGAAACUGCUGGUAUCUUUCAGAACUUCCAUACCAUGGUGGCUACUCAGUUUCAAACCCAAAUUCAGGUAUUGAAAACUGACAAUGCUCACGAUUAUUUCAAUAAGACUCUUGGGGUCUUUCUGCAGACACACGGCAUUAUACAAGCUAGUUCUUGCGUCGACACACCUCAGCAAAAUGGCAUUGCUGAACGCAAGAACAGACAUUUGCUCGAUGUUGCCCGUGCACUCAUGUUUACUCAUCACGUCCCUAAGCAUCUGUGGGGGGAGGCUGUUCUUACAGCAACUUACCUUAUCAACCGGAUGCCGAGCAGGGUCUUACAGUUCCAAACCCCUAGACAUGUUCUUCUCGACACCUAUCCUCACAUGAAAAAUUACUCUUCCGACCUCCCUCCAAAGGUGUUUGGCUGCACAGUUUUCAUCCACAAUUCUGCCCCAAAUCGGUCUAAGUUGGAUCCAAGAUCUCACAAAGGGGUCUUUAUUGGUUAUUCUUCCACACAAAAGGGCUAUAAGUGUUUUGUUCCACAUACCAGACGGAUCUACACGACUCGUGAUGUCACAUUCUUCGAGUCACAGCCCUUCUUCACCACGGCUAUGCCUCAGGGGGAGAAUUCUCAUGAUUCAUCUAGAUCGAUUGAUGCACAACAGUCUGGGCAGCAGGUUUUUGUUGAUCUCAUUACCUUGGAUACUGACUUUGAUGAGCCUCCCACACCAACUCAGGGGGAGCAUCUAGUAGUAGAGAAGCCACUACUAGUAUAUCAAAGAAGGAACAAGGUUCCAAGUACAAAUGUGGAAGAUGAGACUAAUGCCCAAGUGGAAAAUGACACUAAUGCAGAAUUGGAAGAUAUGGAAGAUGAUUCUAGUGCAGAUCAUGAUGUGGUGCUAGAGGAACUUGGAGAUGAUACUACAACAGUAGGAGUGGAAGAUAUACCUAUUGCUCUUAGAAAGGGAGUUCGAAACUGUACUAAGACUCCUAAGUAUCCUAUUGCUCGACAUGUCAACUAUGACCGUCUUAGCAAAUCCCGCAGACUCUUUGUAUCUGCUCUAGAGGAAGAACAGGUGCCAAAGGAUAUUCAUGAAGCAAUGAAACAUCCUAAAUGGAGAGCUGCAGUCAUGGAGGAAUUAAGGGCAUUGGAGGAAAAUGCUACUUGGGAUAUUGUAUCCCUUCCUACAGGGAAGAAUACUGUUAGCUGCAAAUGGAUAUUCACAAUCAAAUAUAAGGCAGAUGGUUCGAUUGAGAGAUACAAGGCAAGACUAGUUGCACGAGGAUUUACUCAAGAACAUGGUGUGGACUAUGAUGAGACCUUUGCACCAGUGGCAAAGCUUAACACAGUAAGGGUACUCCUCUCUCUUGCUGUGAAUCUUGAUUGGCCAUUACACCAACUUGAUAUUAAAAAUGCUUUCCUCAAUGGAGACCUUGUUGAAGAAGUUUACAUGAUGUUUCCUCCUGGAGUGAAAAAUCCAGUAAAAGGACAAGUUUGUAGACUCAAGAAGGCUUUGUAUGGGUUGAAGCAAUCACCACGUGCAUGGUUUGACAAGUUCACCAAGGCUGUUAAACAAGGUGGAUACUACCAAUGUCAAACAGAUCACACCCUGUUUGUGAAACACUCAUCUACUAUGAAGCUUUCAAUUUUGAUAGUUUACGUGGAUGAUAUCAUAAUUACUGGGGAUGAUACAGAAGAAAUUGCUAGACUGAAAGCUCAGCUUGCAGAGGAAUUUGAAAUAAAAGAUCUAGGAAAUCUGAAAUAUUUUCUAGGAAUGGAGGUGUCGAGAUCGCAGCAAGGGAUUGUGAUCUCUCAACGGAAAUAUGUGCUCGACUUGCUCAAGGAAGUGGGAAUGCUCGGAUGUAAGCCGAUUGAUACACCCAUGGAGCAGAACAAAGUGUUGAGUAGGAGUCAAGACAUUCCAUUAGUGGAGAAGGGAAGCUACCAACGUCUGGUAGGUAAGCUUAUAUACCUUGCUCACACUCGUCCUGACAUUACAUUUGCUGUUGGAAUUGUGAGUCAACAUAUGCAAUGCCCAAAUGAAGAGCAUAUGCAAAUGGUAAUCAGAAUUCUAAGAUACCUUAAGGGUGCCCCAGGAAAAGGAAUUCAUUUCAAGAAAACGUCUCACAGAAGGAUAACAGUGUAUACUGAUGCUAGCUGGGCUGGAGAGCUCACUGAGAGAAGAUCUGUUACUGGUUACUGCAGCUAUGUUUGGGGCAAUCUAGUUACUUGGCGAAGCAAGAAACAGAAGGUUGUUGCACGAAGUAGUGCAGAGGCAGAAUAUAGAGCCUUAGCUCUCGGCAUGUGUGAGGGCAUUUGGAUUAAACGAGUUCUAGAGGAAUUGAAGAUUCCUCAUGAAAGCCCUAUGAAGCUACUAUGUGACAGUCAAGCUGCAAUUAGUAUAGUUAGGAAUCCAGUCCAUCAUGAUCGAACUAAACAUGUGGAAGUGGAUCGACACUUUAUCACUGACAAUGUUAACACUGGAAUGAUUCAGGUGGAAUAUGUUCCUUCAAAGCAGCAGACUGCAGAUGUUUUGACAAAGCCAUUAUCAAGAGACAUGUUCGAGGCUCUAAUGGGCAAGCUUGGGUUGAUUAACAUCUACACCAAGCUUGAGGGGGAGUGUUGAAAGAUACUUACUGCUAAUGCUUUAUUGUAGUUAGCAGUAACAGCUAGCCCUAGUCUAAUUGUAGAAAGAUUAGAUAAUAGAAUAUAUUUUAGUUAAGGUAGGUCUCACCUAACCUAGCUUAUAUAUUCUCUCACUCUGUAAAUCAUGAGAUAUACGAAAAAAAGCAGAAUUCUCUAAAACCCUACUUUGUUCUUGUUCUCUCCUAAAUUUUGAUAACCAUGACCUUUCAAUUCUAGGCUCUGAUACCAUGUUAAAAUUUAGGAGAGAACAAGAACAAAGUAGGGUUUUAGAGAAUUCUGCUUUUUUUCGUAUAUCUCAUGAUUUACAGAGUGAGAGAAUAUAUAAGCUAGGUUAGG